AGCCUCAGGCCCUGCUCGCUCCGCCCGCCGCCCCCCGGCCAGCCCACCCCGCACUCUCUGGCCGCCGCUGCAGCCACCCCGCUUCUGCCUGUGCGUCCGGAGCCCCGCAGCAGCAUCAUGUUGGGCAUGAUCAGGAACUCGCUGUUCGGGAGCGUGGAGACUUGGCCCUGGCAGGUGCUGAGCACCGGGAGCAAGGAAGAAGUUUCCUACGAGGAGAGGGCGUGUGAAGGCGGGAGGUUCGCCACGGUGGAAGUGACCGACAAGCCCGUGGACGAGGCUCUGCGGGAAGCGAUGCCGAAGGUCAUGAAAUACGUGGGCGGCACCAACGACCAGGGAAUCGGCAUGGGCAUGACUGUCCCCAUCUCCUUCGCCGUCUUCCCCAAUGGCGACGGCUCUCUGCAGAAGAAAGUGAAAGUCUGGUUCCGCAUCCCCAACCAGUUCCAGGGCAACCCGCCCGUGCCCAGCGAUGACAGCGUCAAGAUCGAGGAGCGGGACGGCAUCACCGUUUAUUCCAGGCAGUUCGGGGGCUACGCUAAGGAAGUGGACUACGUAGCCCAGGCCGCCCAGCUGCGCGCCGCCCUGGAGGGCUCGGCCACCUUCCGGAGCGACAUGUACUUCUGCACCGGCUACGACCCCCCCAUGAAGCCCUACGGACGCCGUAACGAGGUCUGGCUGGUGAAGCCCUGAGCGGCGGCUCCUGGACACGUCUGCCGUGUCCCCCCGCGUGGAGACCGGAGGGAGCCACGCUGCCCACUCCACGGGUCACCGCCAGCACCGUCCGAGCGCCGUCCGGGACACUCGGCCUCCUGACUCAGAGAACGCGCUGGGGGACUGCCGGCCUCGCCUGCAGUUGUGGCCCCAGUUCUCUGGAUCACGAAAAAUGGAUUUAAAAAAAAAAAAAAGCCCAGCAACAGUAUUUUUAUGACGAAGUGGGCGGGGAGGGGGAAUGUGAUUUGUAUUUGAUCGUUCAUCUGUGAUUCUGACUAAAACUCUGUCUGGAAAAGAGAUGGGAAAUAAAGACCUUGACUUAA